AAGCGGUGUAGAAACCAAAAUAUAGAAAAGAAAGAAAAUCCAAAAGCCACGACAAAGACGCCAUCAUGAGGUCACAUAUAGCAAUACUGCAACACUGCAAAUCCACAGGCAGUGCUGGAAUCCAAUCCAGCCUUCCAUUUUUAAACUUUGGUUUCGAGGCGGGCUUCUGCACGGACACAGCCAUAGCCGCAUACUUACCUCGCUCACUCCUAUAAGUGUUCGAGGUUUCCGUCGCUAAGCGGUGUAGAAACCAAAAUAUAGAAAAGAAAGAAAAUCCAAAAGCCACGACAAAGACGCCAUCAUGAGGUCACAUAUAGCAAUACUGCAACACUGCAAAUCCACAGGCAGUGCUGGAAUCCAAUCCAGCCUUCCAUUUUUAAACUUUGGUUUCGAGGCGGGCUUCUGCACGGACACAGCCAUAGCCGCAUACUUACCUCGCUCACUCCUAUAAGUGUUCGAGGUUUCCGUCGCUAAGCGGUGUAGAAACCAAAAUAUAGAAAAGAAAGAAAAUCCAAAAGCCACGACAAAGACGCCAUCAUGAGGUCACAUAUAGCAAUACUGCAACACUGCAAAUCCACAGGCAGUGCUGGAAUCCAAUCCAGCCUUCCAUUUUUAAACUUUGGUUUCGAGGCGGGCUUCUGCACGGACACAGCCAUAGCCGCAUACUUACCUCGCUCACUCCUAUAAGUGUUCGAGGUUUCCGUCGCUAAGCGGUGUAGAAACCAAAAUAUAGAAAAGAAAGAAAAUCCAAAAGCCACGACAAAGACGCCAUCAUGAGGUCACAUAUAGCAAUACUGCAACACUGCAAAUCCACAGGCAGUGCUGGAAUCCAAUCCAGCCUUCCAUUUUUAAACUUUGGUUUCGAGGCGGGCUUCUGCACGGACACAGCCAUAGCCGCAUACUUACCUCGCUCACUCCUAUAAGUGUUCGAGGUUUCCGUCGCUAAGCGGUGUAGAAACCAAAAUAUAGAAAAGAAAGAAAAUCCAAAAGCCACGACAAAGACGCCAUCAUGAGGUCACAUAUAGCAAUACUGCAACACUGCAAAUCCACAGGCAGUGCUGGAAUCCAAUCCAGCCUUCCAUUUUUAAACUUUGGUUUCGAGGCGGGCUUCUGCACGGACACAGCCAUAGCCGCAUACUUACCUCGCUCACUCCUAUAAGUGUUCGAGGUUUCCGUCGCUAGCAUGUCUGGCAGAGGAAAUUUACUAAGUUUAUUUCGUAAACAAGCGCAUACUUCGAUUAUUUCAUCUUCGAGUGAUGAUCCCGACAGUGGGUUGGAUGUCGACCAUUCAGGUGCAAGUGGAGAAUCUUUUCGACUUGGAAAGAAUAUAGAAACGGAUCUUAUAACCACUCUGCAAAACUUAAAUAUUUCGGUCGGUCGAGGGCGUGCCCAGCUUUUACAUACAUUAAAAAAUGAUAACCCCACAUUAACAAAAAAAGUUCCUUUUGAAUGUCAAGAUUCAAAGAAUUCAAAAGACAGCCUAUCUGAAAAUUCGAAAUUACCGCGUUUUAAGCCAAAUACUUCAAGAAACGACUUAUAUUAUCCCAAUGUAGUGCAUGGAUCAAGAGGUUCAUCUGUUAAUAUAUCGUGUAAUUACUUAGAGCUAACGACAGAUGAAAAAAAGGGAGUUUUUCAAUAUGAAGUACGAUUUUUUCCUCCUGUUGAUUCGGUUCAUUUAAGAUUAAAGUACUUAAAUGAUCAUAGGCAUAAGCUUGGAGAAACGAAAACUUUUGACGGCAUCACGUUAUAUUUACCAAUUUUGUUACCAAACCAGAUCACCGUCCUUGUUUCAAAAGUGGAAGAUACGGAGUUGCAAAUUCGAGUUUUGUUCAAAAAAAAAGAGGACCUUAAGAAUUGCAUACAUUUAUAUAAUAUUUUAUUUGAUAGAGUUAUGAAAACGUUAAAUUAUGUAAGAUUUGAUCGGAAACAGUUUGAUCCCACACGUCCAAAAAUUAUACCACUGGCCAAAUUAGAAGUUUGGCCAGGCUAUGUGACAGCCGUUGAUGAAUUCAAAGGUGGUUUAAUGCUCUGUUGCGACGUUUCGCACCGUAUACUUUGUCAAAAAACCGUUUUAGAAAUGUUGGUUGAUCUAUAUCAGCAAAAUAAAGAUCAUUACCAAGAAUGUGCUAGAAAGACAUUGGUUGGAAACAUAGUAUUAACGAGGUAUAACAAUCGUACUUAUAAAAUAAAUGAGAUUUGCUUCGAUCAAAGUCCGAAGUCAGAGUUUCAAACCAAAAUUGGGUUCACGAGUUAUAUAGAAUAUUACAAAAAAUACCAUAAUAUAAACAUUAAAGAUAUUAAUCAACCAUUGCUACUUAGUAUAAAGAAAUCAAGGGCAAUUCCUGAUGACCAAGGAACUAUACAGUUUUGUUUAAUUCCAGAACUAUGUUAUCUUACUGGUCUCCGUGAUGAAGUUCGUACAGAUUACAAACUUAUGCGUGAGAUAGCUUCUUUUACAAGAGUUUCACCAAAUGAACGUCAGGUGGCGUUAAAUAAGUUCCACGAAAAUGUCUCAAAAAGUCCCGCAGCUCAAAAUAUACUGAACAGUUGGGGUCUUUCACUAAACAAAAAAUAUAAUAAUCUAAAAGGUCGCCAAAUGGAAACAGAGCACAUCUAUUUUUCAAAAAUGACCGUAUCAGCCGGAAAAAAUGCGGAGUUCUCCAAAUACGCUGUCAGCAAUGAAAUGUUGGAAGUAAUUCAUCUUAAUAAAUGGAUUAUCAUUAAUUUGAGAAAUGAUACACGAGCUGCAACUAACCUACUAGAUAAUAUGAAACAAUGUUGUAAGCCUCUUGGGAUGAAAUUUUCUAAACCAACAAUGAUUUCUUUGGACCAUGAUCGAAUCGAUGCAUACAUUCAAGCUUUACGAGGAAACUUAACUAUGGAUACACAAAUAGUUGUCUGUAUUUGUCAUAACAAUAGAGAAGAUCGAUAUUCUGCAAUAAAGAAAAUAUGUUCCUCCGAACUACCAAUACCAUCGCAGGUCAUAAUUGCAAAAACCCUUCUAAACGAAUCCAAAAAUCGUUCUGUUGUGCAAAAAAUUGUAUUGCAAAUGAAUUGUAAAAUUGGAGGAUCAUUAUGGACAGUAAAAAUACCUUUAAAAAACGUUAUGGUUUGCGGAAUCGACUCCUACCAUGACCCAUCAAAUCGGGGAAAUUCAGUUGCUGCACUUGUGGCGUCUCUAAAUUCGUCGUACACCCAUUGGUAUAGUAAAGCUGUCGUUCAAACAAAAAGUGAAGAAAUUUUAAAUGGAUUAACCGCUUCAUUUGAAACUGCUUUAAAAACAUAUCAAAAAAGGAAUGGUAAUCUACCCGAAAACGUCAUUAUAUACAGAGAUGGAAUUGGAGAUGGUCAGCUGAAUACGUGCUUUAAGUACGAAAUUCCCCAGUUUGAAAUGGUUUGUGGAGAUCGAAUCAAAAUUUCAUUUAUUGUAGUCCAAAAGCGGAUAAAUACUCGAAUUUUUUUGGGAAGAGAAAAUCGAUUGGAAAACCCGUUGCCAGGAACUAUCGUUGAUAAAUAUAUAACCAGAUUGAGGAUGUACGAUUUCUUUUUGGUUUCGCAACUCGUACGACAGGGCACAGUAACCCCUACUCAUUUUGUUGUACUACGAGAAGACGCCGACUAUGGACCUGACAUAAUUCAAAAACUAAGCUAUAAGCUUUGUUUCUUAUAUUACAAUUGGGCUGGUACUGUAAGAAUUCCAGCUUGUUGUAUGCAUUUGCCCCCAUUUGAGUGCACCAAAGAACAAAAAUGUACAUCCGUGAAAAUUCACAACACGGAUGACGAACAUAAAAGAAACAUCACAAAAACAAACGAUGAAUAGUAGUCUGCGUCGAAAAGUUGACCUUAAAAACGUACGCUCACAAACUGGCUUAUUUGAUUGGACAGAGUAUACAGCGAGAUGUGGCCGAUUCCCUUUCAGACAAACUUUUCUAUCUCUAAACACCCGAAAAAUUGUUGUAUCUUUUAUAUUACAUUGAAUAAAACGCAUAAAAUAGUAUUAAA